GAGACAGAAAGACAGACAGACAGAUUCAAGAGAAACAAAAUGGACGGAGUGAUGGCGUUGCUUGAUUGUUAUUAGUAGCAAGAAGAAUUUUUGCCAUUACGUGCGGUGAAUCUCGUCAAAAUAGGAUAAUAUUUGCAUAUCCAAUUGAUAGGUCAACCGUUUAAAGUUAAUAUCAUUGUAGUUUUCUCUUUUCGGCAUUACCUACUUUCUUUGAUUAUGGUGUCCAUUUUGUGAUCGGCCUUAUUGUGUGGCGAUAUCGAUAAAAAUGGAUGUAUCAACCAAUCAGCCAAUUCUCGAAUACAGCUUUUUUCUAAUUCACUCUUAAUAGAGUGAUGGACUCAUACAAUUUAUUUGGUGAUGAUGGAAGCGGUAUGUUGGAAGGACUCACUGAUCUUGGGGGGGCGGAUGGUUUUACCGGAAAUUCAUCAUCAGGUGUAGGCGGAGACAAUAAAGACACUACAGAUAGUGGGUAUAGACAGCAGUACAAUCAAGGCACCGUGGCUCAGGAGAGUUCAAUCCAGAAACUGCCAUCGUUCGGCAGCAGCGGUGGCGGCGGGCAGGCGGCGGCGAGCGCGGCGGCGGGCGCGGGCGGCGCGGAGUACCACGAGUACGGCGCCUACCCGCCGCGCCCGCGCCCGCCGCAGCCGCUGCACCCCUCGCACCACGCGCACCCCUCGCACUCCUACCCCGGCUACCACCCGGGACCCGACCCUAUGUACGGGAUGCCGGAGCAUCCAGGUAUCGGAGACAUGUGGGCCGGCGCGCCAGGCCCUACUCGUUACUCUCCCAUGGCGCCGGCCUAUAGACAUUCAUAUGAACAUCAACAGAAGAUGCACCAAUAUCCUCCACAACAAGGUCCUGGUAUAGGAGGAAUACAAUCGCAAAAUGGUGCCUAUUUGCCGAGGCAACCACACUUCCCACAACCACCUACACAGCCAGUAUAUGGCCAACAACAGAACUAUCCCAGCUACACACAAAUGCACCCACCGGCGACUUCAAGAAUCAAUCAGCACCCAUCAUACCACCAACAGAUGGACGUGAACUCACACCAGUACGGAAUGGCGCACAACCAGCAGUCGCACAGCAACAUGGGGCAGCACCAGCAGCACGGCACGCUCGGCGGGCACCAGGCGGCGCUGGCGCCGGGCAUGCAGGCGCACGGGCUGCACCUGCACCACCACGCGCGCCCGCCGCCCGCCGCCGCGCCCUCGCACGCGCCCUACGCCGCGCCGCACCACGCGCUGCCCUCGCACUACCAGCCGCACCAGAUACAGCAUCUCGACGUCAACGUCGCCAACCAGUACUCCUCGCCCAAGCCGACGGGGCACGAGACGGGCAGCCCGCAGUACCGGCCGCCCUUCCACCAGAUCUCGCCGCAGGUGUCGCCGCGCGCGCAGAUGUCCCCGCGCCAGCCCGCGCCGCCGCAGUCCUCGCCGCGCCCCGUCAUGUCCCCGGUGAAGGGCCCCAGUGCCUCGCCGCACGCGCCGCACGCGCCGCGCCCGCCGCCGCCGCACCCGCCCUCCUCCGCGCCCUCGGCGACCACCAACACUUCGUUUGCAUCACAAAACACAUUGCAGGCUUUAGAACAAAUGGUUCUACCUGCCGGAUCUGAAUACCCCUAUCAACGUAAUCCUUCGUCUCCUGCGAUGAGUCACUUGGGUGCUGUUCCUCAGUGGAAUCAAAAUAAAGUUCCGACGCCAAUAAGUAAUGUGGCCCAGUUGGAUAACAGUGAUAUUAUGGGGAAAAAAUGUGAGUCGCCUAUUCUGACGACAUUGAGUCCAGAUCCUACUUUGAUUAAACCUAAAAGUGGGACAGUCUCAGAAAAUAUGACUUUGGAUAAGAAUUUAGUUGAAAAUGAGAGACCUGCACCAGCAGCAGCACCACCAAUCUCCCAGGAGGGCAAUGGCGACAGUUCCCGGCAGUACGCCUCACUAACUGACAGUGGCUCGAAUAAAGAAUCAACUAAUACACCAGCCGAUGUAGGAAUGUCAACAAAUCAGAACACAAAUUCCACAAUAGACUACUUAGAAUCUCACACCAAAUCCACAGUGGGAGAAAAUGACAAACCUGACGGAGAUAGUAUCAUGAACAAAUUAGAUAGUAAAACAAUUGAUGAUACUGAAACAUCAGGUGAAAGUACUGCAAGUGAACAAAAACCAGGAACAGAUCAAUAUCCUCCGGAAAAUCAAGUGGAUGUGCGUAAUAAGGAACAAAUAUUAAGCCCAACUAAUAUACCAGCUACUUUAGCUAAUGUUCCUCCUACAAAUAAUAGUAAUAUUAAUCCUCAAUUAAGUGCAUCGCAACCAAUAAAUGUGCCAAGUCCACAUAACAUGCCUGUUUCGAUGCCUGCACCAGCAGAUGGGGGCCCACAAAUAAUGAAUCGAAAUUCACCAUACCCAAGUAAUCCUAUACCAAAUAUGAAUCAACAACUAAAUUCGCCCAGUGCGCCGGCCAGUCUGCCACCCAAUAUGCCGCCUUCAUCACAAUCCCUACAAACGAAAUUUCAGAACUCUCACCCCAGAAGUCCAGUACCACCUCAAAGUCUGACUACACUGCAGCCAGCUGUACCACCAAACCUUGCACUGAACAACCUUAAUGCGCCUGUACAGUCUUUACCUCAUGUUGGUAUUCAAACUACUAUCCCGGGUCACAACCCUUCUCCAAAUGUUCCUUGCUUGCCUACAAUGCAACAAAAUAUUCCUAACAUGCCACCAAAUACUUCUCAGAAUGUACCAAUGGGAAUGCCAAUGGGGGUACCAAAUAUGCAUCCCAAUUUGCCACCUAACAUGCAAGGUAAUCAAACGAAUCUGAUGCCUAAUAUGCCGCAUAAUAUAAAUCCAAAUAUGGGCAUGGUGAUGAAUCCUAAUAUUCCUCAUGGUGCAAUGCCACCUAUGUAUUCGCCUCUACAUCACCAAGAACGGGCAUCCUUACAGCAGCAAAUACAAGAGAUAUAUUGUUUACCCCCUUCUCCCGAAAAUCAGGAAAAAGUAAGAUGUCUUCAGGAAAGAUUGGCGUUAUUACAGCAACAUGAAACCAAUGAUAAAUGCAAUGGAGGUCCAAAUUGUAUGUUACAAAAUCCUGCUUAUGGAGCUAAAAUGGUUGAAAGUCCACAGGUUACAAGUACCACUGGCAGAGGACGAGGGAAAGGUCCCGCUCGACCAAGAAAACCAAGAGCUAAAAAAGAAAAACCUACGGCAAUUCCUGCAAUAGCGGCUCUUGAUCAGUUGCCUGUGUCAGAAGACUGUGUCACUGCAGGUACGGGCGUUCUAAAUAAUUCUGAAAUGGAUGUAGACCCUAGUGAAGAUCUUACCAAUUUAGAUAGUAGUAUGCUUUCAUUAGAUGAAAGUUUAAGUGAAAAAGGUAAAAAACGAGGACCUAAGAAAGAACGAAAACCGCGUACACCUAAAGAACCGAAAGUACCAAAAGAACUGGGUGAUAAGCCCGUCAAGGAACGAAAAAAGCGAGAGCCAAAAGAUCCCAAUGCACCAAAACGAAAAAGAAAUUCUAAGAAAGAUGGUGAAUUCCAGGCGGAUACCACUACUAAUUAUGAUAUUGAUAAAGAUACCUCUUCUGAAAUGAAACCAACUGAAACAACUAUGGAUUCUGCUAAUAAUUCUCAAACACACUCUGAUACAAAUCUAGACAACACUGUAACAGACUUUGAUGAUAUUCCUGUUUCUAAAAUAGCUAUAAAAGAUUUACUAGAAGAAGCUGAAGCUAAACGGGAAAUGGAAGAUGACGAUACUGAUUCUUUAAAUCAGUCAUAUAAAAAGAAAGCUACUAAGAAAAGAGGUUCUGCAGGUGGGAGCGCGAGAAAGGCGGCUGCUAAUAAAAAGGUUGUUAUAGGUAAAAGAAAAAGGCGUGGUGGUAUUGUACCUGAUUCAGAUGGUGAGCCUGAUGACAUGAUGUCAACACCCCCACCUUCACCACCCGUUGAAGAUGAUAGUUUAAAACGUCGCUCUGCUAGAAAUACUCAGCGUAAAAAAUACACUGAUGAUGUAAUGAUACGAUUAUCAGAUGAGGAAUAUUCUGGAAUAUCAACACCCAGACGUGGAGACAAGGAUUCCAAACCUGAAGAAAUGCGUAAGGAAGUUAAAGAUAACGUUGACGGGACCCCGAAACCAAAUUACGUCUAUGUUAAUAUAACUGAUGAAGAUCAAAUGAUCGUACAGCAUGUCUUAGCAUGUAGAAUGGGCAAGCGGGAGGUUAAGGAAUCAAGCUUAAAUCCGCCCGUGGCAGUCAAACCUGACCCGGAUGGUGAGCCUGAUGGUGAAAAAGAACUGAAGCCACUGGAAGAAAAUGAAGGAGACAAAUCUGCUGUAGAAACCAAGGAUAGUGUUCAACCCACUGAUCCUAAAAUACCAACUGAUCCUGACAUACCCACGGAUACUAAAAUACCCACUGAUCCUAACAUACCUACUGAUGCUGAUAAGACAAGCGCAGAGAUUAAAGACGAACCAAAAUCCGAAAAAGAAGAACCCACUGAAAAUACCGAUACUCCUGCUGAAGUCAAAGUUGAGGAAAAGGCAGCAGAGGCUAGUAAAGUAAAAGAUGAAAAUGAAAAAACUAUUAUUAUUGAUGUUGAAGAAUUUUAUGUGAAGUACCGCAACUUUUCUUAUUUACAUUGUGAAUGGAAGACAGAAGAAGAAUUGUAUAAAGGUGAUAAACGUAUAUUUUCAAAAAUAAAGCGUUUUAAACAAAAACAAGCACAACAGAUGAAUAUUUUCGAAAUGUUAGAUGAUGAACCAUUUAAUCCAGACUAUGUGGAAGUAGAAAGAAUAUUGGAUGUCUCCGAAAACCUAGAUUCCGCUAACAAUACUGUUGUUAAACACUACUUGGUUAAAUGGAAAAGUUUACAGUAUGAAGACAGUACAUGGGAACUAGAAGAGGAUGUCGAUGUAGAGAAAAUUCAACAGUUCAAGAUAUUUAGCGAAAUACCACCAAAAGAUAAAUGGAAAUAUAAGAAGCGCCCAUCUGCAGAUAAUUGGGUACAGCUAAAAGAGUCUCCACUUUAUAAAGGUGGCAACACGCUUAGACCAUACCAACUGGAAGGAUUGAACUGGUUGUUGUUCUCGUGGCAUAACAAUCGCAACUGUAUAUUGGCCGAUGAAAUGGGUUUAGGAAAAACUAUUCAAAGUUUGACCUUUGUCAAUUCUGUUUGGGAAUGCGAUAUAAGAGGACCUUUCCUGAUUAUUGCUCCUUUGUCUACAAUUCCUAAUUGGCAACGUGAGUUCGAAGGGUGGACAGAUAUGAACGUAAUUGUUUAUCAUGGUUCACAACAAAGUAAAAGUAUGAUACAAGAGUAUGAAUUUUAUUUCAAGAAUGAAAAGGGUGAACCAAUCAAAGAUAUAACGAAGUUUAAUGUAUUGAUCACAACAUUUGAAAUAAUUGUGACAGAUUUUCAAGAGCUGAAACUAUUUAAUUGGAGAAUCUGUGUGAUAGACGAAGCGCACCGGCUGAAGAAUAGGAAUUGCAAACUGCUGGAAGGACUGAGACAGCUGCACCUGGAGCACCGGGUGCUUCUGUCAGGCACUCCGCUGCAGAACAAUGUCAAUGAACUGUUCUCAUUACUGAACUUCCUGGAACCGUCGCAAUUUGCCAGCAAUGAAGCUUUCCUCAAUGAAUUCGGUCAGUUGAAAUGCGAAUCUGAAGUUCUAAAGCUUCAAGCAUUAUUGAAACCUAUGAUGUUGAGAAGACUAAAGGAAGAUGUCGAAAAAACUUUGGCACCUAAAGAAGAGACUAUAAUAGAAGUUGAGUUGACAAAUAUUCAGAAGAAGUAUUAUAGAGCAAUAUUGGAACGAAAUUUCAGCUUCUUACAGAAAGGAACAGCUUCUGCUGCCAAUAUUCCAAAUCUCAUGAACACCAUGAUGGAGCUCAGGAAGUGUUGUAUUCAUCCCUAUCUGCUGAAUGGGGCUGAGGACCAAAUACAAUUUGACUAUAAACAGAUGUAUGGAGAAGACAAAGAGGCAUACUACAAAGCGCUCAUCCAAUCUGCUGGCAAAAUGGUCCUUGUUGACAAACUGCUACCUAAAUUGAAAGCUGGUGGACACCGAGUCUUAAUAUUCAGUCAAAUGGUGCGCUGCCUGGACAUACUAGAAGAUUACCUUGUUUUCAGGAAAUAUCCCUUUGAAAGAAUAGAUGGGCGUAUAAGAGGCAACCUGAGACAAGAAGCUAUUGACCGAUACUCGAAACCUGAUUCGGACAGAUUCGUAUUUUUACUGUGCACCAAAGCUGGGGGGUUGGGCAUAAACUUGACAGCCGCUGAUACUGUUAUAAUAUACGACAGUGAUUGGAACCCGCAAAACGAUUUGCAAGCACAGGCUCGUUGCCACCGUAUCGGCCAACAGAAAAUGGUUAAGAUCUACAGACUUAUUUGUCGUAAUACUUAUGAAAGGGAGAUGUUUGACAAAGCAUCUCUGAAACUCGGCCUGGACAAAGCUAUUUUACAAAGUAUGAACACAACUCAGGGCGGCAAGGAGGGCCAGGGAUUGAAACAACUAUCCAAAAAGGAAAUAGAAGAUCUUCUAAAAAAAGGAGCAUAUGGAGCUGUAAUGGAUGAAGACGCGAGUGACAAGUUUUGUGAAGAGGACAUUGAGAUGAUAUUAGCCAGGAGAACGCAAGUUAUCCAAAUGGAGUCUGAAAAAGGAUCCACAUUCUCAAAGGCUAGCUUUGCAGCAAAUGAUCAAAGAUCUGACAUUGACAUCAGAGAUCCAGACUUCUGGAACAAAUGGGCUAAGAAAGCUGAAAUUGACACCACCGAGAAAAAGGAAGUGGAAGACUUAAUAGUUUCCGAGCCUCGGAAACGCACAAGUAUUAAGAGGUAUGGGCACGACGACGGGAACGUCGAAAUGUCUGACAUGGAGGCUACUCCGGACUCUGAUGAGGAUGAAGAAGGGAUAAGCCUGAGGAGCAAGCGCAAGAAGGACAAGCUGGGCCGCAAGGGGCGCAAGUACGCGAGCGACGACUACAUCCCGCGCCACGAGGGCGUGCCGCUGGACGAGGAGGUGGUGUACGGCUCCUGGACGCGCUCCGAGUGCUUCAAGAUCGAGCGGGGCCUGCUCACCUUCGGGUGGGCGCGAUGGGACGAAACCAUUGACAAAAAUCAGUUCAGAAAAGGGUGGACUCUGCCUGUAAUAGAAGACUGCGCCAGAAUAAUAGUGUUGUAUUGCUUACGGCAUUACAAAGGGGACGAGAAAAUUAGAAACUUCAUCUGGGAUUUAAUUGAGCCCUGUGAAAAUGGAGAAGUAACAAUUUCCAGAAACCAUAGCGGACUUCAUAAUCCCGUUCCCAGAGGAAGGAAUGCUAAAAAGAAGAAUAGACCUAAAGAUGUACCAAAACUGAGUGACAUUCAGAAAUGGGAGGACCCUAAUCAUUGGAGUUCCGCCGAGAAAUAUGACUGUGAGGCUUAUUUAGAAAGCAGUUACAAGAAGCAUUUAUUCAGACAUGCCAACAAAGUAUUGUUGCGCGUGCGCAUGAUGUACUACAUAAAGCACGAGGUGAUCGGCGACUACGCCACGCAGAUCGAGAGCGGCACGCACGCCAGCGCGCUGGGCAUGCGCGUGCCGCGCGGAGUGGACAGCGCGCCGCCGCGGCUGUGGUGGGACUCGGAGUGCGACGUGUCGCUGCUGGUGGGCACCUACGUGCACGGCUACGAGAACUACCUGGCCAUGCGCUCCGACCCGCGCCUCUGCUACGUGGACAAGCUCGGCCCGCCCGACGAGUCUGAGUGCACCGAUAUCAAAAGCGAGGAGCGGCUGGUGCGCGCGCGCGGCGCCGGCGACGAGGACUGCACGGACGAGGUGUCGAGCGGCGCCGGCGCCACGUCGCCCGCCGCGUCGCCGCACGCCUCGCCCGCCGCCUCGCCGCGCCGCGACGACGACGCCGCCUCGCACCAGUGGCCCUCCAUGCAGGACCUCAACACGAGGCUGCGCCGCCUCAUCACCGCCUACCAGCGCAACUACAAGCGGGAGGAGCUCAAGAUGCAGCAGAAGGCUAAGAUGGAGCGUCGUGAGAGGCUAGACCAGUUCGCGCGCGACGAGGCGUCGCAGUGGCGGUGGUCGCGCGCCGACGAGGAGGCGUUCCGCCGAACCGUGGCGUCGUACGGCGUGGAGUUCGACCCCACCACCAAGAGCCUGCGCUGGGGCCGCUUCCGCGCGCUCGCCCGCCUCGACUGCAAGAGCGACGACGCGCUCACCGACUACCUGAAGGCCUUCAUGGCCAUGUGCAAGCGCCAGUGCGGCCUGUCGGUCGGCGAGGCGGAGCUGCCCACGAGGGCUGACUUGAAGGCCGAGCCUAUUGGAGAGGAAAGGGCCAUUGCUACACUAGAAAGGAUCGACCUGCUGCGCGUGCUGCGCGAGGAGGUGGCGGCGCACGCGGCGCUGGAGGCGCGCCUGGCGCUGUGCGAGCGCUCGCCCGACGCGCCCGCCUGGUGGGCGCCGCAGCGGCACGACAUGGCGCUCGUGCACGCCGUCUGCAAGCACGGUCUCGGCGACACCUACCACAAGAUAUUCCUGGACCCCAAGCUACCGUUUGUAGACUGCGCCACCAAGUAUUACUCGCUGGCCAAGCCGUCCCGCAAGGAGGAGCCGGCCAAGUCCUCGGACGAGGACGACGAGGCCAAGACCGAGUCCGGCAACGAGGACGCGUCCUACUCGCCCCGCAAGCUGCGGCGCUCCCAGCGCGGCGCGGGCGGCGACGACGGCGACGCGCUGUCCGAGCUGGAGUCCCUGGCGCGCCGCCCGCGCGUGGACCAGCUGUCGCCCGCGCACUGGUUCACGGAGCGCGCGCUCGAGACGCGCCUGCACCACAUCGCGCACGCCGUGCAGAACUGCGAGUGGCCCGCGCCCGCCGACGCCAAGCCCGCCGCCGCCAGCAAGCCCGCCAAGCGACACAUCGCCAUCGACGUGGAGACGGAGCGCGCCAAGCUGCACGCGCUGCUGUCGUCGCCGCGCGCCGCGCACCGCGACCCCAAGUGGGAGCGAGACGACGCGUCCAGCGACAGCUCGCGCCGCUCCACGCCCGCACCGCCGCCCGCGCACCAGCGGCCCUCGCCCGCGCCGCCGCCGCCCGCCGACGCCGCGCCGCUCGACCUCAGCGAGGCGCAGGACUUCUCCGUGCGCCGCCCGCCCUCGGACACGCCGCCCGCCUCCGCCGCCGCGCCGCCCGCCAAGAGCCGCCUCGACGACACGCUCUCCAGGCUUAUGAAGCGAAAGAAUGUACCGGCACCGGAGCAAGUAGUCGGCAAAGAAAAGAAGAGGAAGAAAUUGGAUGAAAUUGUGCUCGGACUUUCGGCCGCAAAGACUCAGACGUCCCCGUCGAGCUCGCUGGAGCCGGCGCGCAGCAAGCCCUCGCCCGUGCUGCCCAACGUGAGCGUCACGCCCGUGCCCACUUCCGGCGCCUCCUCCACGCAACACUCCUCACAGAAACCCUUCUCAGUAACGGUAACCAAUGUUCCUUCACCUCAAUCGACUCCCAAGGAGUUGUCAUCGUUCCUGCAACAGUCGCUCGAGCAAACGAGUGCACACAAGGGGCAGAAGGCGAGCUCCGCGGCGCCGGUGAAGUCGCUGUCGCACGAGGCGAAGGUGAACAAGUGGCUGGCGGAGCAGGCGGCCAGCGAGACCCGGCGGCGGGCGGCCGCGCCGCGCCUGGCGCCCGACGAGCACGUGCCCGUCGUGCACCGCGUCACCGGCAAGCGCCUCGUCGGCAACAAGGCUCCCCAACUCAAGUACCUGGCGCAAUGGAUAGCUGAGAAUCCCAUGUAUGAUAUAGAUCCCAAGUGGACGGAAGGCAUAAAGGAACAUGUCAAAUUACCACAGGAUGUUCGCAGUCAAAGACACUCCCCGAUGCAGUCGAGCAGCUCGACUGGCGAACGUAAAAAAGGCCGACCACCUUCCUUGGAUGCGGCCUCAACGAAUGUGUUAUCAUCGAAUCCCCAUCUGAGCCAGAAUCUCGCUGGACUAAAUCCUGCACUUUUGGCUAGUUUGAGUGCGUUUGAUCCAAAAACCUUGGCGUCGACUCUCUCGAAUUUAACCGGUUUCGAUCCCAAACUACUUAAUACUUUCGAUCCUAAAUUAUUAUCGAGCUUGAGUAGUUUCGAUCCGAAGAAUAACCCAUUAUUGAGUUCAUUCAACAGUAUGCCAAACUUGCUAGGAGGAAACUUAUUCGCUAACCUGGCCGGAUUAGGGCUGCCGGGUCUUUCGUCGUUAGACAUGAGCAGCCUGGCUGGAGCCAGUGCUUCCAUGGACAGUAAAAGCAAGUCAAGAAAACCUUCAGAAGGAGGCAGUUCAUCCAGCUCGAAAGCUAGUAAUUCACAGUUUCCGUUCUCUGUGUUCCCGAAUCCGAACAUGUUGUAUCCGCAACUGGGGCUGGGCGGGUUGAAUCCGUUCGGAAUGCACUCGGGCAUGUCGUCGGCGUACGACGCGCUGGGCCUGCUGAGCAGCAGCCUGGCCGCCACGUCCGCCACGGCCACCAUGCACGCCAGCCACGCCUCGCGCGGCUCCGGCAAGACCACCUCCACGCCCAAGUCUUCCACCGUGGUCACCAGCUCCACGCACUCGAGGCAACAUAACAAACCUUCCACUCAACAGUCCGGUCAGAUGCCGCAAAUUUUCCUACCCCCUGACACAUACUUAUUAGAAUCUCUCUCUAAGCAGUCGGGAUUGAAUUAUGACGCUCUACUUAAAUCGGAAAAACACAAGCGAGACCAUGACGGUCACGAAGCUACAGACUUAUCUAAGGUGGACAAGAAGAAAUCGCACUACGACGCACUACGCUCUCAUAUUAUGCCACCGGAAUUUGCCGCAGUGCAGGAGAAAUUAUUAAAAGGAGACAAAAAAGAUAUUGACAUCAGCAAAAUGCUCUUAGAGCAAAUGGCAUCAGGAGCCCUCAGUGCCAGCCUUGUGAGUGCUGCUGAGGGAAAGAAAGGAAAAGAAGAUCCCAAGGAUGUAUUUGAAAAGUUAAGCAAAAAUUCAUCAGAGUAUAUAGCUAGGGCUUUAGCAGCUGAAGAUGUGGCGGCGAAUUUGUCCAUGGGUCAUAAGAGAAGUCACAAUGAAAUGGCAAAUGAACCUGAAAAUCUAACUUUAAUCCAGCAUGAGAAUGCUAGUAAGAAAAUAAAAGAGUCCACAGCAUCAGACUUGAGCACAAAGUCAGAAAUGAAAGACAGUGCACCAACACAUACGGGUGAGAUGGACCUGGAGGACUUGAUAGCACCAUCCACAGUCAUUAGGACAGGAAUGAAGCCCUCUGAAUAUGAUAGUAGUAAGAUAUCACCACCUAACUCGGAAAAAGAUUUGUCAAAAAAUAUAAAUCCCCAUGAAGAUGCCAUUAAUCUAGCUGGUAAUGACGGUCAUCAAAGCACAGCAGCAGAUCCUAAAAACCAAGUAGAAAAUGAAAAUGAUGUUUCGGAUGAGAAUGCAGCUAACGACGAUGCCAAUGAUGACAGGCGAGGAAGUAAGAAGAAGGGUCGCAAGUCAUCGGAGGACAGCAGCGGCGGCGCGCGGCGCGAGCUGCGCUCCAACACGGGCCGGCAGUCCACGGACACCGCACCGCAAUGAGCAGAAUAUUACGAUUCGCGGACUUUUCAUUUCAAGUCUUUAAUGAUUUGAGUUUUCAUAGAUGUUGAUUCUGCUUGGAUAACCUAAGAUACAAGUAUUGUAGGGAUAUAAUUUAUAGGCGAUCUCUUUGUAAUACCAUGACUUCGAUGUGUAACCUUUUUAACACCUCAAUUUGUGGAUCUAAAUUAUUGUAUUUGUAUACCGUAAUUUUUGAAUUCAAAUCUUGACAACCCACGGUUUCAAUAGAACAUCAGAAUAUUUAUGAUAUAACAGGUCAAGUAAUAAAUAUUAUGAUAAUGCGCAGCAGCUAAACCAGUGCAUACGCUUACAGGUGAUCAUACAGCAUCGCCUUUACUGAUGAGACUAGAUUUCUGAUACUGUCUGCAAUAUAAAUACAGGCAAAAACUGCUAUUUGUAGUAAAUAAUGAUCUUAUUAUUUUAGGUAUAAAGAUAAACUUAUUUUAAUUCAUGUAUAUUAAUGAACUUUAUAAAAGACUGUGCACGUGUUACAAACAAACAUUACAUUUAACAACCCACAAAUUCGUUUAUUUUGUCAUUUAAACGUGUUUGACUUAAUUGAUCUCUUGCAGAUGUAAAAGAUAGUCGUCUUUUAUAAAAACAUAAAUUUUAAUAUAAAAGCAGUUUAGAUCAGGGGUAUGUAUGUAUUUAAAAUUUCUGAUACUUUAACAGCAGCAACUAGUACAAUUUUCUAGUAAAUUGUAUGAAAAGCGCCUUUUUAUCUAUUCAGUGGAUGUAUGGUCGUCGUUUAAUACUAUUUUAUGUAGUCUAUUAUUUUAAUGGAAGAUGUAAGUUUACAUCCAGUGUUUUAAAAUCAAAUACUUAUGUAUAAUAAUUUAGUAUUUUUAAAAUGAAAUGGCUUUUUUUCCAAAUCGAGCCAACAAAACUCAUAUUUUAGUAUUUUUAUGUAUAAAUCUUAACUCAUUGAUUUUUGCAUCAAAUCAGGACGUAUUAACUGUAGUCAUAUAUUUUACUUUUUUGUACUUUUACGUUGCAAUCAAGUUUGAUUUGAAGUAAAUUUUGCUAUUCUGCCUAUGUUAUAUUUUCGCUUGUAAUGGCGUUUUUUUACACUAGAUUUUUAAGCGUUAAGUCGAACACUGAAUGUGAUAAACUAUUUAUUACAUGCAAUAUAAAAUCAGCGCUAAUGUAUGAUUAAAUGUAAAAUAAAAAUCAAUGUGACAAAUCAUGAAUAAAUGUGGGACUUGCUGUUUGAAUUUUCAAUGUUUAAAUACGAUGUCUGUUUUUAGGUCCUUAAAAAUAUAUUCAUGUAUAGCACAACAA